AUACGCAUCAUGGAUGUACCAGGCGACUUCCAGUAGGCGAUGGCAUUGAAAUUACCAUGCCCAGUUUCAGCUGGAGGAAUAAGGAUAAUCCUAAUUAUGCUUUGGGCGUGUUCACUCCGAAUAACUAUGCCAUCGGCAAAUGCGAGAUGCCAAGAGAAUCGACUGUUAUCAAUCUGUACAUUCUUGGAUUGGUCGGCCUGUUUAUUUGGCUCUGUUGCUGCAACAGGAGGCGGAGGUUUCCAUAGAGGAAAAUGUCGGCGGGGCCAUACAAUUACUCGUAUAUCUUCAAGUACAUUAUCAUCGGGGACAUGGGAGUGGGCAAGUCCUGUCUUCUCCACCAGUUCACUGAAAAGAAAUUCAUGGCUGACUGUCCUCACACAAUUGGAGUGGAAUUCGGCACGAGAAUCAUCGAAGUCUCCGGACAAAAAAUCAAACUUCAAAUCUGGGAUACGGCAGGACAGGAGCGGUUCCGCGCCGUCACCAGGUCCUACUAUCGGGGCGCGGCAGGAGCUCUUAUGGUCUAUGACAUUACCAGACGGUCCACCUACAAUCAUCUGAGCAGCUGGUUGACCGACACCAGAAACCUGACCAAUCCCAGCACAGUGAUCUUUCUCAUUGGUAACAAGUGCGAUCUGGAGGCUCAACGCGACGUCACUUAUGAAGAAGCCAGCAAGUUUGCCGAAGAAAAUGGGCUACUCUUUGUCGAAGCUAGUGCCAAAACUGGUGACAACGUGGAAGAGGCAUUCUUGGAAACCGCCAAAAAGAUCUAUCAAAGUAUUCAGGAUGGGCGAUUAGAUUUAAAUGCGGCAGAAUCGGGAGUUCAACAUAAACCGUCACAGCCAGGACGCAACAACUUGUCCAACGAUCAGCAAGCUAACAAGGACAAUUGCCCCUGCUAGUUCAGAUAAAGUUUUAAAAAUUUCGAAUCUCUAGGUGUGUUUUCUGAGAUUAAUUUCCAAACCGCAAUUAGAGAGGGUUGAACCAAAUCACUCCCCCAUUUUUGCCCCGAGUCGACUAGAUUUUCUUGCGCUUUAGAGAGCAUUUAUUGGGAAGUUCCGUAAUAGAAUCCUAUUGAAAAAGCACAUUUCUUGAUAGUUCACUUUAAUUUUUGGGGAGUUAUUUUGUGUUUUAAACUAGUUUAAUUAUGCGCAUAUUAUUUCAACUAUCAAUCAUGUGGUUAAUAUUUUAUUGUUUACAAAUUAAACGUUGCCGCUUUUAUUGUUAGAGUGGCAAGUAACCUAGGAACUAUUCAUAAGAGGAUAUUAAGUGUUUUAUAUAAAAGUUACUUAUAUAGUCUAUACGAUAAUGUAAAGUACAUGCGGAACACGUAAAAUUAUUGUAUCAUAUCUUAGGUACAGCUAAUUAAGUUUAAGCACUUAACUUGAAUUCUGCAAGGCAGAGUUUUUUCAUUUGCAAACUGGUUCUUACUCAUCAAUGGGUUUGUGAAAUUAGAUUAAUGUGUCACGCUUGGGGUAUAUCGAUAGGAAUGUUUCUGAUUGUAUUACUUGCGAAAGUGAACACUUAGCACUAGAACGGAUUUGCUGUUAAACAAUCUACAAAUUCGAAAUGUUUGUCCAUUCCAAUACCAAAGGUACAUUCGUAAAUAUCUGCGUUUGAGUGAAAUUUUUGAUUAUCUAGGCUAAACGCCUUUUUCACGCGAUUGUCCAAAUUUUGAGGUCCUGCAAUAGAUUGGCUGCUUAUUUAGUGAUGAAUGUUUGUCUGUGGUUUAUUUAUUGUAAAAAGCAAACUAUUAAAUAUUGUAAGCACUUGAGAUAUUUUUGUUGUUUAGUCGUGGUUCUGGUUAGAUUGAACUUUUGACGUGUUUUUUUUCUAAACCUGCCAAUGAGUCAGUUUUUUUAAGAAUAAAUGCCGAUAUAUUGAAAGGCGAGAACAGCCAGUUAACUUUCACACUCAUCGAAUUUGCAUAUUUUGAUCCCAAUGUUUGUAGACUGAUGUACUGCGAAAUAAAACACAAAAUAAAAUACAAUAAUUUUA